CGUAGAUUUACUUCGCUUUCGAACGAUUACGUCCAUUAGAAGGUUGAAAGCCGAAGACAUUCUUAAAUGCUUUUGAUUGGGGGUAUCCUGGUAAAUAAACAAAAGUGGUCAAAUUUGAUUUUGGGUGAUCAUGGAAAAUCUUCGAGACAUUAUUCAAAACUCUCGAGAUUCACAUGACAAAUGGGCGGUCAUCUUCCUGUUUUUAUUUAUUGGGUGCUUAUUUGGUCUCUCUGGUCUUUAUUUAAUAGAAACAGCAAGGGUUUAUCUCAAGUCUUAUAAGAAAGAUGAUUCUUGUAAGUAUAAACCAUUGCCUCUAGAGCACAUAUAUUUAGUGAUAAGAAACAUUUAUUUGUAUUUAACAACCAACAAAACUUUUUUAACAUUCUUCGUCACGCCUCUUGUCUUUGCAAUUACCGUUCCCUUCAUGGGAACAGAAACAUCUCCACCAAAUGGAAAAAACAAUUGGUUUGCAUUAAUAGUGUGUGCUAGAAUCGGCUUUCUAUCAACAGCUCUUUUCGUUUUAUCUUUCUUUUUCAGUCUAAAAAACAAUCCAUUUGCUUUGAUGCUUUGCACCUCACAUGAAAAGAUGAAUUUUAUUCAUCGUCGCUUAUCACAGUUCGCCAUUAUUAUGGGUAUAAUACACGGGUUUGCACGCCUUGCCUUGGAUGCUGAACAAGGCCUAAGUUUAAUCAACCUUCCAUACAAUACAGGAUAUACUAUGUGUGUAUUCACAGCCAUAAUACUUGUCACUACUCUACCACCUUUCCGACGCAGGUUUUAUGAAUGGUUCUUCCUUAUCCAUCAUGCUUGUAGCAUCGGUUUUAUUGUUUGUAUAUAUUUACAUCAUCCCCGAUGUGUUCCUUAUAUGAAAACAGCUAUUGCUCUUUAUGCAUUCGAUCGUGGAUGUAGAUUCCUGCGUAGUUUCAUCAAUAGAACAAAAUUUGAAAUACAUAUGCUGGAUGGUGAGUUUAUAUAUUUGCGCGGAAAAAAACCUAAAGUCUCUUUCUUUUCAUUGCCGUGGUCGUCAGGAAAUCAUGUUUAUAUUAACAUUCCUCGUUUAAGUUUCUGGCAACUUCACCCUUUCACGCUUGCUAGCUGUCCUUCAGACGAUUAUAUUGAGCUUUUGGUUGUCGUUCGAAAAGGAUUCACUCGCCGCUUGGCGAACUAUGUGUGUUCCACGAGCAAUAAAAAGAGAAACGACAUGGUGAAAGCUAAUGAAAAAGCCAAUUCUAAUGUCGCUAUAUCUGACAUAAGCUUUGAAAAAAGUUCAUCUAGCCUUGACAGUCACUUUGGUUCUAAUUCCGCAAUAAGAACUAAAGAAAUGACUAUUUUACUGGAUGGACCUUAUGGAUCGGUCGUAAACCCCUUCAGGAAUUACUCUUAUGUUUUUAUCGCUUCUGGUGGUUGUGGCAUUACCUACGCCUUACCUAGAUUAAGGGACCUCCUUUUGAAGCCUGGUAAUACUGUUCACAUCACUUUUUUAUGGUCCAGUAGAUCAUUGAAAGUACUAAGUCUUUUUCAGAGAAUUUUGGAUGAUUGUUUGAACCAAAAUCAGGUCUGUGUCCAUAUGUACUGUUACUUAACUGCAAGCUAUUCGGUGAAAGAGCAUCUAUUGUCUCAAUCGAAUGGUUCAAAUUUGAUAAAGUAUUGUGAUGGAAGACCUAAUUUAGAAGAACAUAUAAAAAAUUAUCUUGAUAUUUCUAAUACUAGAACCAGCGCAAUAAGUGCAUGUGGCUCUGGUACCUUUUUGGAGCGUUUUAAAAAGCAUUUGGUUUCUCAACAAGGAUGGAGUGCUGAUAUUUUCCAGCAAUAUGAAGUUAUCUAAUUGAUCGUUUUAUGUUAUUGGUUAUCGAAUGACUAUAAUAAGGGUCUACGUUAUGAGCAGUUUGUCUCGGACAAUAAUGACUAGAUUGAUUUCAUUUUAGAUGUAGAUGGAA